CGAGAAGCCAUGAGCACCGCUCCUCUCCCUGCUGCUGCCGUUGCUCUCGCGCCAUUCAUCCCAGCGACCAUCAGCACCACUCCUCUCCCUGCUGCUACAAGUGCCGCUCCCCUGCUGGGCGUGCGGCGACAAGAGGUAACGGUAACCCCAUCUGGAAUUUCCGCGCCCACAGCUCCAACCAACGCACCAUCCAUAUUCUCCUCUGUUGCAGCCGCCACAUCCGCACCCAACCCUGCCAGCAGCAGCACCACCAACGCUACCACACCCAACCCCUCUGCUGCUGUAUCGCCCAACCCCACCACUUGGCCUUCAACUGCCACCAUCACCACUCCCACUUCCACCCGCACUCCCUCCUCCUUCCCUUCUCUCCCCUCCUCCCUCUCCUCUUCCUUCCCCUCCUCUCUCUCCUCCUCCACCCCCUCCUCCCUCUCAUCCACUCACUCUAACCUCCCCACCAACACCCCCACCACCUUCCCCACCAGCAACCCCACCACCACCCCAGUCGCCAACCCCCUACCCACCGACACCCCUCUCCCUGGAGGCUCCUCCCAGCCUUCGUCCAGCCCUGGAAUGCUGCUGGGCGUUGCUGGUAACGCGGUAACCGAUGCCGCUCUGCAGCUGCUGCGGGGGAUCCAGGGGGCUCUGCCUGGGGCUGGGGGCUCUAGCAGCAGCAGCAGUGCUAACAGUGGUGGCACUGGCCCUCCCGGUGGUACUGGAGCAGCCUUCCCUGCAGCUUCUCAGCGUGGUUCUGGGGGAGGUGUUGACUGGACAGCUGCAUUGCCGCUCCUCCAAACCCUUCUACAGCAGGCCACAGGUGGUGGUGCCAGCCAAGGCCGGGCUGGAGGAUCAGGUUCGGGACCCCGAGGGAAUGGUGGUAAUGGUGUUAAUGGUGGAAGUGGUGGCGGUGCAGUGGUUAAUGUAGAUUUGAAUGCUUUGCUGCCUGUGGCGCAAGCUCUUAUGGGGGCGGCGACAGGGGGGCAAUCAGGAGGGAAUGGGAACCAGCUGGACCUUGGAAUGUUGAUGAAUCUGGCAGAUGCUCUUGGGGGAGCUGUGCUGGGUAAUCCAUAAGUAGUGUAAACAUGUUAAUGGUUGGUGAUGUUAGCGUAACGGCCUUCGAUUCGCAAGUAGGGUUGAAUGCUUGAUUGUAUACACCAUCGUUGAAGC